CAAGAUGGCAAAAGAAUAUUUGAUUGUUUUACUGCUCGUCUGUGUCAUUUCUGUCGGCGGACAAACAAUCGAUGACGCAUCUCUGUUACACGAUACACUGAUGUCUGGCUACAACAAAUACGUCAGGCCAUCUGUUGACCAAUCCAAGCCUGUUGUUGUCAACCUUACGUUUGAGCUUGUGUCAAUAAGAGAACUUGAUGAGAUCAUGGGGAAACUCUCGAUCGUUGGAAUGCUGUGGUUGUUCUGGGAGGAACCAAGAAUGACAUGGAAUCCCUUUGCAUAUAACCAAACAUUUACAGCAAGACUUCCAAUGAAAGAAGUGUGGAAACCCGAUUUGGUAAUAGCCCAUCCCGUUGAUUCAACAAAAGCAGUUGGUUUCGAUCACCAUUGGUAUCCAGUUCGCUAUUACUAUAACGGAGUGGCCAUAUGGACUCCGGGGGACGUGAUGACCACAACGUGCAACAUAGACGUAACGUAUUACCCUUUUGAUACACAAACUUGUGAAGUAACAUUUAUUCCAUGGGGGUCUUUAGUUAGCGAGUUGUACUUGUAUGCCGCCCAAGAAAUGGUUUCAAGACGAUUCUUCACAGAAAAUGGAGAGUGGGCUCUUGACAAGGCCACUACAAACACUGGUCUCAUCGAUGGAAAGUAUCCAACUUAUAUUGUUAAGCUCGAGUUGAGAAGGAGACCAACCUUUGUAAUCGUCAACGUUAUUUUACCGAUUCUAUUUAUGGGACUCUUAAAUGUGCUCGUUUUCUUCUUACCAGCAAGUUCUGGAGAGCGUGUUUCCUUCGCCAUGACAGUUUUGCUUGCAUUAGCUGUAUUUCUAACACUUGUCGGUGACAACAUGCCGAAAACAUCGCAGCCUAUGUCGACAAUAUGCUACUUUCUGCUGACAAAUCUUGUUCUGAGCUCCCUGAUAAUGGUCGUAACGAUUUUUAAUCUGAAUCUCUACCACAGAGACGACAACCUUGUCGUGCCAGAAUGGUUGGCGAACGUGGUACGUUUACUAAAAUGUAAACGACUACCAAGACGUACAAAAGUUGAAAACCUCAAGAAAGCUGAAGAUGAAAACAAAAAAGGAACUUUGGAGAACGUGGAGACAGACAAAAAGGAAAAGUUGGAAACUGUGGAUGCAGUUAGAUGGGCAUUGCCGGCUUACGAAGAUCGUAUAACGUGGCGUGAAGUUAGCAAAGUCAUUGACAUUGUAUUUGGUGGAGCUGCCGUUCUGUGGCUACUUAUCACGGCGGCGGCGUUUUUCAUCAUGGUUGCUACACAGAACGUGCCUGGGGCAAGAAAAUAAACUUUGAACAUACGUAAUAAUUACAUUGACAGUAAGGAUUUCAAGACGUUAAAUGGUGCAUGUUUGGGAAUAUAAAUGAAGCAAUCAUUUUUG